GAAGAAGAAGCAGAAGAAGAAGUAGUGAGAUCAGCUGACUGAGUUGACGGCUAACAGAGCAGCUAACAGUCAACAUGGCGUUCAUCACCGCCAGCUGGAACCCGCUGGGAGACGCUUUCUACCGUAAGACGGAGCUGUAUGAGAUGUGUUGGAGUCUGAGGGACGGACUCAGAGACUGUCUGGUGGCUGCAGCUCCAUAUGGAGGACCAAUAGCUCUCCUGAGAGAACCUCUCAGACGUUCUCCGAGUUCUCGUCCUCAGUUGGAGAUCUAUUCUGCGUCUGGAGGUUCCAUCGCCAGCUUCCCGUGGAAGAGUGGUGCAGUGGUGCAGCUGGGUUGGACGGUCAGUGAUGAGCUUCUGUGUAUUCAGGAAGACGGUUCAGUCCUGAUCUACGACCUGUUCGGAUCCUUUAAGAGACACUUCAGCAUGGGACAGGAGGUGGUCCAGACUCAGGUGUUGGAGGCCAAAGUGUUCCACUCUCCAUAUGGGACAGGGGUCGCCAUAGUAACAGGCUCCUCCCGCUUCACCUUAGCAACCAACAUCGACGACCUGAAGCUCAGGAGGUUACCUGAAGUCCCAGGUCUGCAGGGACCCCCGUCCUGCUGGGCCGUCCUCACCCAGGACAGGCAGACCAAAGUCCUGCUGGCUACUGGACCAGACCUCUACAUCCUGGACAACACAUCCUGCACCGCUGUGAGUCCCCCAGGUCUUGGUCCUCAGGCCGGCAGCAUUGUCCAUAUGUGUGUUUCCUUCAGUUAUAAAUACCUGGCUCUCUUCACUGACUCCGGACACCUGUGGACAGGCCCCUCCCACCUGCAGGACAAACUGAGUGAGGUCGACACCAAGGUGAGGAUGUCUCCCAAACAGAUGGUGUGGUGCCGCAGACCAAAGUCCCAGCAGCCGUCUGUGGUGUUGAUGUGGGACCGACUCCUCCUGGUGGCCGGAGUCUGUAGUGACACCAUCCAGUUUCCAUUGGACGAUCAGUGUGUGUGUGUGGGCGAGCUGGACGGGGUGCGGAUCAUCAGCUCGUCCAAUCAGGAGCUGCUGCAGGAGGUUCCUUUGGUCUGUCAGGACAUCUUUAAAAUCGCCUCCAUGGCGCCCGGAGCCCUGCUGCUGGAGGCCCACCGCGAGUAUGAGAAGUGUAGUCAAAAGGCUGAUGAGUACCUGCGGGAGAUCAAGGAGCAAAGCAUGCUGGGAGAAGCAGUGAGACAGUGUGUGGAGGCAGCAGGACACGAGUAUGACUCCAAUACCCAGAAGUCCCUGCUCAGGGCGGCGUCCUUCGGGAAGUGUUUCCUCACAGACUUCAGUGCUGAAUCGUUCGUGUCGACCUGCAGAGAGCUGCGAGUGCUGAACGCCGUCAGAGACGCUGCGGUCGCUCUGCCGCUCACACACACUCAAUUCAAACAGAUGACUCUGCAGGUGCUGAUCGACAGGUUGGUGUAUCGGCAGUUUUAUCCGUUAGCGAUAGAAAUCUGUCGUUAUCUGAAGAUUCCAGAUUAUCAAGGAGUCAGCAGAGUCCUCAAGCACUGGGCUUCCUGCAAGGUGCAGCAGAAGGACCUAUCAGAUGAGUCCAUUUCCAGAGCCGUGUGUAUGAAGGUCGGAGACUCAGCCGGAGUUUCUUAUUCUGACAUCGCUGCUAAAGCCUUCGAGUGCGGCCGCACCGAGCUCGCCAUCAAGCUGCUGGACUACGAGGCUCGCUCAGGUGAGCAGGUUCCUCUGCUGCUGAAGAUGAAGAGGAGUCAGCUGGCUCUGAGUAAAGCCGUGGAGAGUGGAGACACUGACCUGGUGUACACCGUGGUGAGUUACCUGAAGAACGAGAUGAACAGAGGAGAUUUCUUUAUGACUCUGAGGAACCAGCCGGUCGCUCUCAGCCUCUACAGACAGUUCUGUAAGCUGCAGGAACAGGAAACGCUGAAGGAUCUUUACAACCAGGAUGACGACCACCAAGAGCUCGCUAAUUACUACGUUACUGCCAGUUACAGAGAAAAGCGGUUGGAGAGCCGGCUGUCCCUCCUGCAGACGGCUGUGGACGAAUUCAAUAAGGCCAAGAACGAGUUUGCUGCCAAGGCCACCGAAGAAGAGAUGAAACUGCUGCGAUUCCAGAGAAAACUGGAUGAUGAGAAAGGGGCGGGCUACUGGGACUGUCUCUACAGGCAACCAUGGAGGCUCUGCUGGCGUUAGGACUUCAAAAACAGGCGGAGCAGCUUUACAGAGACUUCAGAGUCCCUGAUAAGAGGUACUGGUGGCUCAAACUGAAGUCUUUGGCAGAGAAGGAGGAGUGGGAGGAGUUAGAAAAGUUCUCCAAGAGUAAGAAGUCUCCUAUUGGCUACCUGGCCUUCGUGGAAGUCUGCAUGAAGAGUAACAACAAGUAUGAAGCCAAGAAGUACGUUACCAAGGUGACGCCUGAGCAGAGGGUCAAAGCUCACCUGGCUGUCAGGUAAGACUCUGACCUGCUCCACAUUACUACCUGUCAACCAAUCAGAUCACUUCAUACAAUAAAGAGAUCAAUAUAUUUAUAGAUGAUUAUUGAUCCAGACAUCAUCCAUCUCAUAUCAUCAUGUUAAAGAUCUGAUCAGACAGGUGAGGACAGACAGGUGAGGACAGACAGGUGAGGACAGACAGGUGAGGACAGACAGGUGAGAUCAGACAGGUGAGGACAGACAGGUGAGGACAGACAGGUGAACACAGACAGGUGAGGACAGACAGGUGAGGACAGACAGGUGAGGACAGACAGGUGAGGACAGACAGGUGAACACAGACAGGUGAAGACAGACAGGUGAGGACAGACAGGUGAGAUCAGACAGGUGAGGACAGACAGGUGAGAUCAGACAGGUGAGGACAGACAGGUGAGGACAGACAGGUGAACACAGACAGGUGAAGACAGACAAGUGAGGACAGACAGGUGAGGACAGACAGGUGAGAUCAGACAGGUGAGGACAGACAGGUGGAGACAGACAGGUGAGGACAGACAGGUGAACACAGACAGGUGAGGACAGACAGGUGGAGACAGACAGGUGAGGACAGACAGGUGAGGACAGACAGGUGAACACAGACAGGUGAGGACAGACAGGUGGAGACAGACAGGUGAACACAGACAGAUGAGGACAGACAGGUGAACACAGACAGGUGAGCACAGACAGGUGAAGACAGACAGGUGAGGACAGACAGGUGAGGACAGACAGGUGAGGACAGACAGGUGAGACACAGACAGGUGAGACACAGACAGGUGAGGACAGACAGGUGAGGACAGACAGGUGAGACACAGACAGGUGGAGACAGACAGGUGAGGACAGACAGGUGAGGACAGACAGGUGAGGACAGACAGGUGAGGACAGACAGGUGAGGACAGACAGGUGAGACACAGACAGGUGAGACACAGACAGGUGAGGACAGACAGGUGAGGACAGACAGGUGAACACAGACAGGUGAGGACAGACAGGUGGAGACAGACAGGUGGAGACAGACAGGUGAGGACAGACAGGUGAACACAGACAGGUGAGGACAGACAGGUGAACACAGACAGGUGAACACAGACAGGUGGAGACAGACAGGUGAGGACAGACAGGUGAACACAGUCAGGUGAACACAGACAGGUGAGGACAGACAGGUGGAGACAGACAGGUGAGGACAGACAGGUGGAGACAGACAGGUGAGGACAGACAGGUGGGGACAGACAGGUGAACACAGACAGGUAAACUCUUCUUCUCCUCUCAGUGACCUGGAGGGAGCAGCGGACGCAGCGAUCGAGCGCAGGAGCGAAUCAGAGAUGGGGGCGGUUCUGUCCAGAUGCUCCGACUCUGACCGGCUGUUGAUUGACAGGCUGAAUCGAGCCAAAGCCUCCGCUGCCAAAA